AGCAAAAGCACAGCCAUCGGAGCAAAGUGAUUAUUUCCCCGUGAAAUCGCGUCGAGGUCCGCACAAAAUUCGCGAAACUCGCCCCAAACUGGCCGCGAUAUGUAGUGGAAGUGGCGUUCCCGUGUAGCGCCGGUGCCCAGCUCGCGAUUGCGGAUAUUUGUGACGCGCGGGCGGUCCGAUCGUGGCCGGAAAAGUGAAUUUUAGGACGGGCCCAGCUCGGGAGUGAAAAAAUCCGAAAAUCAACAAUGGCGGCCAGCAGCAACUUCUUGGUUUUGUUCUUCUUGGUGGCGGCAACGACGACGACGACGAAUUCGGCGUUUGUGGUGCUCUUCCAAGGGGGCCCUUGGCUAGCUGGCCUCGGUGGCAGAAGCAGUGUGGCCGUUGGCGGUGGCGGAACCACUUCCGGCGCUUGAAACAAGCGGGUUUUGUGUGUGAGUGUGGAAAACGGACCAGUCAGCUUCCGGCCGCGGAAGUUGCGUGAAGAGAAAAACUUGAAAGUGAAACUAAUUUUAAGCGAAAAAGUUGUGUUUUAUUUACAUUUCGUGUGUGGGUUCUGUUUCGUUACGCAAAAAGUGAGGGAGGGAAAGUUUGAAAAACUUUGAAGCAAAGGAGAAAACAAAUCGCGUAUGGAUCCGGAACAAAUCAUACUGGAUGAAGAUUUUGACGACGGGUCCACCGACGGAGGCUACGGCGAGUACGAUUAUUUGCAGCAGGACAAGGACGCACUUCCGGUGACGCCGUUAGAUGAGAUUCUAGACCCUAGCACAACCCCCAACUCCUGCCGGCAGUCUUCACCGAUCGAAGAACUGCCGCUGGAGCUGUCACCACUGCAGCAGGUCACCCCACGGCAGACAGUCGCACCAACGGUACGACCCGUGACCAUCCUCCCGCUGGUGGUGGGACAGCAUCGGUUUGGCAUCGGCAGCGGAAAACCUUCGGCCGCGGCACUCCGACGUGGCCCGGGCAGACCCAAGAAGGACUUUCUACCGUCGGUGCUGCUGAAGAUGGCGUCGACCAACCCGAGUUCAUCACCAAGUGCCGCCGCGGGUGGCCCCGCCGGACCGACGCUCAAGUUCAGCGGCGGUGUCCUCACCGGCAGUGGCCAGACCGUGGUCUCGGACGCGAAACUCAUGAAAAGAUUUAAGCAAACUAAUGUUGUUCGUGGUAGUAUUCCUAAAAGGAAAUCGGACAGUCUGGGCGAAUCGUUGGCCCUGGUGCUUCCCUCACCGGACGAAUCCAUCGGCGGCGGUCCGAGUACGGCCAGCAGUUCCGUCGCGACGACCCCGACGACGGCCGAAAUGAUGGAAACCGACCCGGCCCUGUUGAUGCCCGCGCCGGAAGAAUCUCCCUACUUUCCGGAAAAGUACCCCGGCAAAGUGUGCGCCCUGUGCGCGCUCGGCGAACGCAGCCAGCUCGGUCAGGGCGAAAUGCUACGGAUCGAGGUGAAGGACAGUGUCGAGGCGACGGUGGCGGCCGCGCUGUCGUCCCAGGAAGAUGGCAAGGGCUCGUCCGGGAGCAGUCCCAGCUCGGGCGACAAAAGUCCCAAAACGGGUGGCAUUACGCUUGGGAUACCGCCGCUGUUGAGCAGCAACAAGCGGCAGAAAGGAUUGAACAAGUGCAAAAACCCAGUCAUCACCGCCGAGUACGUGGACGAGCUGGAGAAGAUCGGCCACACCGAGCCGGUGGAGUUCGCCUCGAUCAAGGACGGCGGAUACUUUUACAUUCACCGGUCGUGUGCCAGCUGGUCGUUUGGCGUGGGCCGGGACGCGGCCACGGGGACGCUCAGCAACCUGGAGGUGGUCGUGGCGCAGGCGCUGAGCAAAAAGUGCUACUUUUGCUCGCGCUACGGGGCUAGCUUGGUGUGCAAGAUGUCCUGCCCCAAGUCGUUCCACUAUCCGUGCAUUGCCGCGGCCGGUGGCUUCCAGGUGAUCCAGUCGUACAACUGCUUCUGCAAGGAGCACCUCGGACAAGUGCCUUUAGUGUGUACGGACGACAUCAACUGCCGGCAGUGUUCGGCGCUCGGGGACGUCGGCAACCUGAUGAUGUGUUCGAUCUGCGGUGACCACUACCACGGAACGUGCGUCGGGUUGGCCCAGCUGCCGGGCGUUCGCUCGGGGUGGCAGUGCGGGUCGUGUAAAAAGUGCCAGAUUUGCCGGGUGCCGGACUCGAGCGAAGGUCGCACUGUUGGGUGCGAGCAGUGCGAUAAGAUCUACCACGCGAGUUGUUUGAGGCCGAUCAUGACGUCGAUUCCGAAGUACGGCUGGAAGUGCCGGUGCUGUCGGAUUUGUUCGGAUUGUGGGUCGCGAACGCCGGGAGCUGGCGCCUCGUCUAGGUGGCACGCGCAUUUUUCUGUCUGUGACUCCUGCUACCAGCAGCGGAACAAGGGCUUCUCGUGUCCGAUUUGUCAUCGAGCUUACCGGGCGGCGGCCCACCGGGAGAUGGUCAAGUGCAGUGGGUGUAACAAGUUUGUGCACAGUACGUGUGACGCGGAGGCGGAUUUGAGUGUUUAUCACGCGAAGAAAGAGACGAAUCCGGACUAUGAGUAUUUGUGUAGUCCGUGCAAGACGGCGAUUCACAGUGGUCGGAUGGCGGCGAUGCGCCGGAAUAGUAGCGUUGACGACGAUAGUAUGUCUGCGUCGCAGGAAAGUUUGAACGACGAAUCGAUGGACGUUGAUGUGGAACCGCGGGAGCGAAUCAUGUCCGGAGAUAUUGGAUUGGGCAAGGGAAAACCAUACGUGGCGAGUAAGAUAGCCAAGAAGAGACUCGGUCUGUCGUUGAGUGGGACCAACAGACCCAAAGGUACGGGUAAAGGAUUUCAGAAAAAGUCGCGACUUGCGGAUUUCAGCAGGAAGCGUGGACCAAAGGCGAAGAUGCGAGGGAUCUUCGGAGUUCCGGGGUUGGGCCUGCAAAGACCAACGGCUGAUUCUUCUUCGUCGAAGGCUUCCGAAGAGGAACCGGGUGGCGAUAACCGGCUCGUGCUCUGCUCCGCCAAAGACAAGUUUGUGUUGACGCAGGACAUUUGUGUGAUGUGUGGAGCUAUCGGGACCGACCAGGAGGGUUGUCUGAUAGCGUGCACCCAGUGUGGCCAGUGUUACCACCCUUACUGUACGAACGUGAAAGUGACCAAAGUGAUACUGCAAAAGGGCUGGCGUUGUUUGGACUGUACAAUCUGUGAGGGCUGCGGCCAGCGUAACGACGAAGGUCGGUUGAUACUGUGCGACGAUUGUGACAUCUCGUACCACACGUACUGCAUGGACCCACCGCUGGAGCAGGUUCCGCAGGGCAACUGGAAGUGCAAGUGGUGUGCCAUCUGUUUAAAGUGUGGCACAAACGACCCAGGUUACAACUGUGCCUGGCUCAACAACUACUCCGAGUGUGGUCCGUGUGCUAGUCAGGUGAGCUGUCCGUGCUGUGGCGAAGGCUACGCCGACGGCGAGUUGAUCAUCCAGUGCAAUCAGUGCGAACGAUGGCUUCACUGCGGUUGCGAUCAAAUCAAAUCGGAAAACGAAGCGGAACGCUGCGCCGAAGAUGGGUACAACUGUCUCCUGUGCCGACCGCACGAUCAACCACCCCCUCACCUAGUGCCGAAAAAGAAACUAACCCAAACACCAAUUUCCACGCCAAAGUCCACCCCCAAACCGGAGGAAAAAAUCAUUCCACUCGCGCUGGAAGGCAAUCACUACGUGGACGGAGUUUGCCUCAGCGAGCACGGCCUGCACCAGAUCAAAUCGCUGCAGGCCGAGUUUGGCAAGCGCGGCAAGCGGAAACCCAAGCUGCAACUACAACCACCCCCACCGUUGGACAAGGACGACGGAAUUCUGGCCGCGAUCGAAUCGGUCGUGGCCGGGAGCAGCCUGGACAACUCGUUUGACGACGUCAAGCUGGAGCCGCUGGACCCGCGCGAGGAAGCGGAAAUCUACAAGGACGGCAUGGUGUGGAACGAUCCGGUUCCGCCGGAAGGGUUCGCACUGGUCACGAACGAGCAGGGAGUGGUUGUGUUGCGCAAGAAACGGCAGCGCAAUCUGCAGAAGCUUGGCAUCGGUGGGUUCUUUGUGCGGAAUCGUGCCGUGCGGACCAAGGACGGAAAGGAGGAGGACGAGAUUGCGGACGGAGUUGUGCCGCAAAUCAGCGAGGAGUCUGCGAGCUCGGAGGUUAAGCCGAAGAAGAAGCCAAUUCGAAGAAAGCAGAAGAAUAAGCUGAUUGAGAUCUAUCCGACGAUUCUGCAGGAUGCGUUUUUCGGCAGGCCACUGCUGAACUCGAGCGCGCCAACAAAGUUCGAGACGCAGGAAAGCGACGACGACGCGAAGAGUGACGUUUCGGAUGAUAAGACGAUCAAGCUUACAGCCGAUGAGCUGAAGUACGUCGAGGAGAUGCGAAUUAAGCAGGAGGAGAAACAGGCACAGGAACAGAAAGCCCUGCAGCAGAGUAUGGAGCAGGAGCAAGCUGCGGCGGCCAAGUCGGCACAACCUGCGACGGCGACAACGCAGCAAACUGCUGAUGAAGCGAUAAAAGCCGAAGAAGACGACAACAGUGAUACGGAAGCGUUGAAAGAUGUGCUUGGUCUACCGAACGAUUUAAUCGAGGAGGACUUUGUCAAUCGAAUCAUGAACGAUGACGAGGAGCUCACGAAGACGUCGGCGGCGUUUGACGAACUGACCGCGGACGGUGAACUCGGUGAUGGCCUCGUCAAGGCGACCAAGAACGAGCUGGAUAUUUUGAGUCCGGACUUUAACUUGGACAACCUCGGCAACAUGGACAGCAAAGAAGUCGAGGAGAUAUUCAAGAACGUCAUGACUGACGAGUCGCAAGAAUCUCAAGAGUCAAUGUUUGCAAACUCGAUGACGCCGUACACGUCCAACACUUCGACUCCGUCGCACAGCAUUGACGUGACCAAGAAGGCACUGCCUCAGCGUUACCUCAACACGAUGGCAAUGCAGCAACACUCGCCACAGAUUCAACAGCCUCAGCAACAACCUCCAACACCAACAAGCGGUCCUCCCUCCAUGAUGGGCGACCCGUCGAUGCAGCAGCAGGUCAACCUGGGUAUGCAAUCCCCACAGACACCUCAACAACAGCAGAUGAUGAACCCCAUGGGCAUGCCUUCGCCCCACAUCCACCAAUCCCCCCAACACCAACCGAUGGGCGGACCUGGACCAACGAUGAUGAUUCAGUCGCCGCUCCAGCAGCAACCGACCACGCCCGGUACACCGAUCCAUACGAUGCAAACGACACCAACGACCCCUCAACCGCAGCAUAUGCAGAUGAUGCCGACGCCACCCCAGCAACAGCAAAUGCAACCAAACAUGGGCAUGCUUCAGCAACCGCUGCAGCAACAACAACAGAUGGUUAUGAACCAGCAGCAACAGCAGCUCAACAGAGGGUAUUACUCUAAUAACUUCCUCCCACAAAGGAACCAGUUCCAGCAACUGGCCGAUCCGAUGCAGCAGCAGCAAUCGCUACCUCCGCAUCAACAGCCCCAGCAGCAGCAGAUCGUCACCCAGCAAAUCAUUCCAGGGGUACUUCCCCACCAACAACUCCAGCAGCAACAACAACCUCCACUUCAACCGGGAACGAUGCCCGGCCAAAUCCCGCAAUCGCCCGUGCAAGGCCAGUGGGUUCCCGGUCCCGCUGGUGGUGGCCCAAUGGGUCCGAUGGGUCAAUCGCCUCAACAGCAGCAACUUCCACUUGGUGGCGGGCCCGUUAUGGGAAUGGGUCCUGCCCCUGCGGGUCAGGUGAUCGUUGGGACGAGUGGUGGUACCGCCGUCGGCGGUGGCAGCGCGGGCCCCGGUGACAUUUCCGGACCCAUCGACGACAGCAUGGGACCGAUGGCGGGAGCGUCCGCGGCGCAGAAAAUGUCCGAGCGAAUGCGGCUCGAUGAACCCCUCAACGAGUUGGCGACGAUUUCGUCCGUGCUUUACUGCAACACCCAGCAUCCGGAGCUCAAACUGGAGUUCCCGAACUGGGCCGACCGGUGCAAGCAGAUCUUCAAGCGGUGGCGACUGCUCUCGACCGAGCAGAAGCAACCCUAUCUGCAGCAGGCGCGCGAUAAUCGGUCCGCCAUCCGGAUGAAGAAGUCCCAACAGGUACCGCCGCAAAUGUCACCCAAAGACGGCAAUAGUAAUAGCAAUUCAGGUCAAGUGAAUGUUGUCCCAUCACCUUCCUCAUCAUCUUCAUCACAACCACCACAACCAUCAUCCGUCGCCGUCGUUUCGCAACAGCAGCAGCAGCAACUUCAGCAGCUUCAACAGACGGAUCCCAACUCGGUCCUGCUCGGCGUAGCAGCGCCAGGUGUUGGCGGUGGGGACCAGUUGAUGACCAAUCCCCUGCAGCAGCAGCAGCAGCACCUUCAGAUGCAACUUCAGCAGCAAGUUCUGAAACCUCAGCAGCCCCAGCAGCAACAGCAGCAGCAGCUAAUUGAGGUGCAAGGAAAUUCUUUGGACGAUGGAACUGAUAGUUUAGACGAGCUAACGUCAGCAUCUAACUCUAACGCUAUUAGUGCCCUUCUCGAUAGUAACACCACACCUUCCCCCUCUAACGAUACUAAUACCCUCGACUCACUAAUCGGUGAAGGUAGCAACAACAAGCUAAGCACUUCGGCGGUCACCACAAGCACCUCCAUUACAACUACUAGCAUGUCCACUUGUGUCACUACCUCUACUAACCCUUUGGUGCUUUCGGGCACGAUGAGCGACAACGCGACGUCGAAUGUGAUCUCACCGGCGGCGUCGUCGUCGUCGGAAUGUGGUCCAGGUGGUAGUAACAGCAAGCCGAACCUGCUGGUGGCGGCAAACAUUGCCAAUACGUUCAUCAAUCUGGCAAGCGUUAGCACGAGCGUUAGUUCGAAUGAAUCCGGUGUUACGCCCGGGGUACCGCUGCAAACGCAGCCGGGUCCGGUUGCAGGUCAACCGGUGACAACUCACGUCAUGAAGACGUUCACCAUCGGAACCAACCGGGGCAGCAUCUUCGUUCCGAACGUGAUAGCGACCAACAUUUCGCCCCACUUUACGGUGCACCACCACCAGUACGGACUGCGAAACGGGCCGGCACCGAACGUAACCGUCAAUCCCAACGGAAACUUUAAUACCAAUUCUAGCGCCGUUAUCAGACCAGGUUUUGCGCACAUACGACCGUUUCUGCCGCAGAACGCCAACAUUAACUUUAACAUUAUCGGCAACCAGUCGGCCAUUCAAUCGCCCAUUUUGGCAGCGUCACUGCAAACGAUCAAUAAAAUCGCCCAACAGCAGCAGCAGCACGUGCCGCACCCGCUAAUGCCUCAUCACCACGCGCGCGGUGCCGCUGUAAACAAAAUCAUAAACGUUUGUCCGACGGAUGGGUCGCAAAAGAUCCUUCUAGCAACCACGAGCCCCGUGGUCCAGCAGCAUCAACCUCCGGGCACUCCGAGCCCAAGCUACAGCCCGCAGCGAUCCCAAACGCCCAACCUAAUGACCGCGAGCAACAACCCCGCCGAUCAGCAGAUCCGCGUGCUAACGCCGUCCGAGAUUAUGCGAACGCUUCCCUCGCUGGACGCGGCCUCGUACGAGAACGCUAACCAACACAACGAACCAGGCGAUAGCACUGGUAGUGGUGCGACGACACUCGAGCACACCGGAAACGCCGAGACACCACCGAGUUGUCCCUCCUCCACUAAUACACCUACCAUUAGUACCGCUACUACCAACUCCGACACCACAACCACCACCACCACCAACACAUGUUUGCCACUAGGUGCUAGUGCGAGUGCAACCUCCACCGCAACCAUUAGUUGUUCUUCUUCUUCUGCUACCACUACUACUGUUACUACUACUGUUGUUACUACUACCACUUCUACUACCGCACCAGAAACGGAUCAGGACAAGAUAAACGCUCAGCAAAAGAGUAUGCGAGAAGCGGAACAGGAACGGCAGUGGAAGCAGCUGCAGCAGCAGCGGGCUCGCGAGCAGCAAACCCAGCAGCACCUGAUGAUGCCAGAUCAGCGGAUGCAAGAUCCCUCGAACCCGUCGCUCCAGCUGCAGGUAUCGACGGACGGCUCGCCGAUGGGCCCAACCGCGAGUCCAUCGCCAACGCGAACCCAGUUCGUGUCACCGGUCAGCAAGAACCGUAUGGUGCCGCUCGGCGGCCAGAACCCGCCGUCCAGUCCCGUGCCGAACUUUCAACAUCCGGCAGCGAUGGGCGGUGGUGGUCGCCCCGGUUUGCAGAUCCCACUGCAGCAGCAGCAACAACAACAACAGCAGCGUCCACUACCGGGCCAGCAGCAACGCCCCAAUCAAAGUCCCUUUUCACCUCAGUCUCAACCGCCGCAGUCGCCGCACGAAAUGUUGCCUGGCUCGCCGGCUAGUCAAGGCGGGUUGGAUCCGUUCGCGAGGCCACCUUCGGAGGGAAUGUCCGACCAAAACUACAUUCACCACUCGCCGCAGACGCCACGCUCGGUAGGACAUCAGAGUCCCAUUCAAACGCCGAACCGGAGUCCUGCUUACUCGGGACAGCCGAUGCCGAAUCCGCAGACGGCGAUGCGAAUCAACCUGGAUGCGGGGUACGCUCAGGCUCCUGGGACACCACGGCCACAGUUUUCGAAUCAAGUUCGGCCAACGGUGUACGCCCGACCUGGAGAUCUGUUUGGACCCGUCCAAACCUCACCGUUUACAUCUCCUCGCUCGGACGGUUUCAAUCAACCGCAGCCGCAAGAGGGUAAUCGGCAGCUCAGGGAUCUACUCCAGCGUCAGCAGGUUCCCGCGUCGGGACCAGGCGUCGUUAUGGGUCAACAGCAGCAACAACAACCAACCCAACAAUCACCUCAGCCAAUGCAACCGCAAUCUCCGUACGGCGAUGAUCAACAACAGCAGGGCAUGGUUCAGCUAGGUGGACCGCCUAUGCAAACUCAGCAAACGCUUCAGCAACCAAAUCAACAGAUGAUGCAGAUGACGGCACCUACCGCCGACAACGGAACCUUCCGGCAACCAUUACCACCGAACAUGAUGAACAGGCCACGACUUCAAAUGCCCGGUGGCGUCGGAGGCAUUCGUGCCCAAGGUGGUCCCGGUGUAAUUCCAGGUGGACCGCGUCUCCAGAUUGUACGAACCGGUGGCCAGAUGGUCAUCACCCAGCAGAACAUCCUCCAACAGCAGCAGCUGAUGCGUCAAAGGAUGCAGCUCCCGGUCGGCGUCAAUCGCCCAGACGGACCCUUCAUGUCACCUCAAGGACCGCAGCAGAUGAUGCAGCAACAGCCCCAACUCGGUCAACAAAGUGUAUCCCAAACGGAUCAACAGAACAUUGCCUUGCUCGCGCAGCGACUUGCCGGCGAGGGCGAAGCUCACAUUCCAGCCUCAACUGCGCCAGCCCCGAUUGCAAGUGGACCAAUCGCUCAACCACAACAGGCUGCCGCAGUCCAGGCCCAACCCGGCCAACAACCAGCUCCAGACGGAUCUUCAGAAAUCCCGGACAGCGUGUCGGCCGAGCUGGAAAAGCUCGAACAGGAAGACAACGCCGGCAUCGGGGAGGUCGAGGGAGUCGGAGACAUCUUCGGUGGACUCGCCGACGACGACGAUGAACUGCUGGACUCGCUGACGGCGGAAAUGGGCGCCGACUUCAACAUUCUCGAGUACGCCGACCCCGAGUUGGACACUACCGACGGCGAGAAGUCAAACCUGCUGGAUAGCUUGGAACUGGACGAACCGGAAGGGGAAAAGGCCGAGGACAAGGCGAAAGCUGGACCCUCCGGUGAGGUGAAAACCGAGAUGAUGGACACCGGCGAAAAGGUUGAAGAACAGAAAGCUGUGCCAAUGGGCGCACCUCAGGAGAUGGCGCAACCGCAAGCUCCACAACUCGCCGGACCGAUGAUGCAAGGCCAAAUGCCACUCAUGCAACAGCAGCAGCAGCAGCAAAUGCAAAUGCAACCCAUGCAGCAACAGCAGCAAGUGCCGCAAGGACUUAAUCCGCAGCAGGCUUCUCAGCUACAGCAGCUCAUCGGGGUUGGUCCCGGCCAACAGAUGCAGCAACAGCAACAACAACCAAUGCAAGGACCUCCUCAGCAGUUGCAGCAACAGCUGCUCGCUGGCCAGAUGAAGACGGUGCGGCCGAAUAUGCUGACGGCGGCUCACUUGCAGCAGAUUCAACAACAGAUGCAGCAACAGGUACAACAAGCGGCCGCGAUGGGUAAGCCAAUGGCUGUCGGAACGCAACUUCUCUCCAAGGAAGGUGCCGUCGGAGUUGUUACCGCGAACAAUAACGUAUCCGUGACCGUGAGGACUGGUUUGGUGAAUCCAUCCAGAAUCCAGCAACUCAAGAUGGGCGGCCACCCUGGUGCAAUGGUUCAACAGAAUAUGAUGCCAGGUCAGCAACAACAACAACAGCAACGGAUCGUUCAGCAGAUCCAAGGAAAUCGAAUCAUUCAAACCGUUGCCAACCCAAACCAACCGGGAGGUCCUGUUCCAGGACAGCAACAACAGCAGCAGCAGCUGGUUGGAGUUGGCGGACAAUCCGUACUUCACCAACAGCUUCAGCAACCUCCCGCUGUCCCUCAACCGGGAGCGGUACCGGUGCCCGGACAACAACAGCCUCCUCCGCCGCCCUAUCCGGAACCGCCACCACCAUAUCCGGGUAGUCAGCCUGGUGCGCUGGGACCACCACAGCAACAACAGCAACCCAACCAGCAUUAUCAAGUAACGCCUCCACCAAUACCGCCACUGCCGCCGCCGCCGCCGCAAACGCAAACCCAGCCUCUACCAACACCACAACCACCACCCCCGCCACUAGCACCACCGCAAUCUCUCGUUUCCCCACUUCCCCCGUUGUCUUCGGCCCUGAUGAGUUCCGCCGCGUCCGCUCCGUAUCUCGAACACCACCGGAGUCCGCAUCACCACCAUCGACGUCCACUGGACUUACAGCCCGGAUUUCUAUAUCCGGGAAGUUCCGCCCGGGAUGCGGCCAGUUCUAGCGCGAGACGGUCGCUGUUGCUUAAGGAGCAAAGACUGCUGCUGGAAGACUUGCUGGAGCAGGAAAAGCGCGAGCAGGCCGGCCAGCUCGCGGUCAACGAGGCGGCAAACGCCGGCUUGCCCCCGAACAUGCUAAGCCAACAGGACUUUGAAAACUUGCUGGCGAAUCAGCAGCAGCAGCAACAACAGCAACAAGGUAUGCGCGUGAUUCAGCAAAAUCUACUCCCAGGUCAGGUCCCCGGACAGCCCGGCCAGAUGCAGAUGCAACCGCAGCAGUUACCUCCGAUGCAGCAACAACAGCCUCAACAACCUGGUCAGUUGCAGUCUCCGAUGGGUGGUCAGUAUAUCAUGCAGCAGCAGCGCAUCAACCCGCAGUGGCGUCCCCAAACGCCGAUUCCUCCGGGUGGAGCCGUUGCAAAUUUGAUCAAUCCGCUGAACAAGGCGGCGGUCGGACCAAGUCAGCAGAUCGCGCCACCACCGGCAGAGGUUACCGCGAGGCCCAUUGCAGUGUACCAGGCGAACCUGCAGCCCGCGCCUCCGGUUCCGCCGGAGAACAUUACCAACGAGCAGGAGCAACAGAUUCAGUUGAACUACGAGAACUGGAUGAACCAACAGAAGAUCUCGUUGGAGAAUCAGCUGAAGCACUACGAAACGGAGAUCGGCAAGUUGCGGAAGGUCAAGAAGCAGUUGAAUACCAAGCAGCGCCAGUUGAAGAAGGCUGGAAACGAGCUUUCCGAGCCGGAUAUGAAGGAGUUGACGCAGAUUACGGCGGACCAUGCCGUUGUGCAGAAGCAGUUGGAUAACGCGAGAAAGCAACAACGCCAGCACACGGUCCUGAUCGGAGAGUACAAGACGAAGCAGAAGGCUAAAAUGCAAGCCGCUGGUGGUUCUCCCGCGGCCCAGAUCGCUCCUCCUUCUCCGUUGAUGUCUCCAUCGCCGAGUUCACAGCAGAACAUGAUCCACCAACCAAUGGCGCAAUCUCCGUUGAACAAUCCGAUGCUGCAGCAACCGAGUCAGAGUCCAUUGCACUCGCCUGGUCCGCUCAUGUCGCAGAGUCCGGGACCUGCGUCGGUAAACUCGGUGAUGCAGAGCCCCGGCGGAAACCACACCAACUCGAACAGUGCCAUGUCGCCGUACAAUACGAUGCAGCAAUCGCCGCGGAUUGGAACUCCGCACUCGCAGGCUGCUGAUGAGAAUCCGUUCAGUCCAGGACCGUCGCCUUCUCCGUCCCUACCGGGACGGUUGACUUCCCCUGCUCCGCGUAUGACAUCCCCACAACAUCGAAUGUCCGGACAACCGAUGCCUCCGGGACGAAUGGUAACCAGCCCGGGUGGACAGUACGUCCAGCAGAACAUUAUCGUGCAGCAGAACCAGAUGAUGGGUCAACAACAACAGGCUCAACUGCAGCAGCAGAACCGCUUCGUACGACCUCAGAUCAUCCCCAACGAUCCGAACGUGAGGAUGCGCGUCGCAAACUCGCUCCAGCAACAGCAAAUGAUGCAGCAGAAUGCCAACAUUCGCCAGAUGCAACCCGGCGGGUACAACUCACCCAUUGGAAGUCCCCAACCGAUGGUAUCUCCCGGGACUCCCCAGCAGCAGCAGCAACAACAGCAAAACAUUCAACUGAUGCAGCAGCAGCAGCGCAUGAUCAUGAUCCAGAACCAGCAACAGCAGAUGAACCAAAUGCAACAACAACAGCAGCAGCAAAUGAAUCAAAUGCAGCAGCAACAACAACAAAAUCAACAACAGCUGUCCCAAAUGCAACAACCCAACCAACAACAGAUGAACUUUGCCAAGCAAAGUCCAGUUCACCAACCUCCGUCGCCCCUCCUAAGCCAAGGUGGCCCCAGCACUCCAUCGCCUUCGCCAAUGCCACCGAGUCCAAUGUACUACUAUCAACAAUCUCAACAACAACAGCAACAACAACAACAAAUGCAAAAUCAACAACAACAGAUGAUACGUCGUCCACCGAGUGCCGGCUCGCAAGGUCCCGUCCCGAACCAGUACGUCCAGCAGCAACAGCAGCAGCAGCAGCAGCAGCAACAAUAUCAACAGGACAACUCGUUCAACGGAGGACCAAACAACCAACAACCUAGUGGAGGUGGUGGCGGUGGAGGCGGCAUCAACAACCCCUCAAACCCAAUCCCAAUCAUGCCGGGCUUCGGCAAGUACGGCUACAUCAAGCUGGGUCUUCGCGGAGGAUCUCCAAUGUGGGGAAAUGCACGAAUCACCAAGGGACCGCCCCAGCAGCAGCAACAGCAACAGCAACAACAACCUCAAGCAGGUCCGUCCCAGCAGCAGUCGGAAGCGGCCAAGAAGGCGGCCAUGAUGCGCAGCAGGAUCACGAUCGUGCAGAAGGCCGCGGCAAGCCAGGCAACGCCGAUUGAAGAGGUGAUUGCCGUCGAUAGCAGUCCGGACGAGAAGCAGCAGCGCAUGCUGGACUAUGAUGACGAGGUGGACAAGCGACUCGUUACGACGGAGGUUUCGCUGAGUUCGGUGGCGCAGGGUGCCGAGGGGGACGACAUUAUGGAGUCGUUUGCCCACACGGGGUACGAGAUGAGGGCGAGUCCGCUGGGGGCGCAGAUCGUGAGCAGUGACUACGAGCUGUUUGCGCAGGACGUGGUGGUUGAUUGUGUGGACAACGGGAAGGAGGGUGAGAAGGAGGUCGCUAAGAAAACGACGAAGGACGGGGAGAAGGGGACCAACGAGCGGAACAUUGCUACUACGGAGGACUUUGAGGCGAUGAUCGAUAGUCGGCCGAAGGACGCUGAUGGGAAACCUGAAGAAGACUUCAUCGGAGAUGAGCAGGCAAAGACCGGCAUGAAGACUCCUACGAAGGACACGACCGUGAUCUCCGUUGGGCUUCAGCAGAGUCCGAAACCGAUAACCUAUCCGGGACGGAUCGCCAUCCAGCAAACGCUACUCCAGAAUCGUCCUCCGAUCGUGUCUGCCGUGCACAAGAAGCUCGUGAAGGACGCCACGGAAACGACGGCCAAGUUGUCCAUCGGAAAUACUACCAUUUCGGUGCCCAUCCUGAAGAGCUUCCCGAUGUCAGCUACCCCACCAAAAGAAGGCGGUCAAAGUCAGCAAAAGCAGCAAAUGUCGAACCAAGCCAAGAAGGUGAUGAACUCCACCGCCAUCUCGCUGAGUAGCAUCACCAAGAACCCGUCCGGAACGGUCAUCUCCGUAGCCGGCCAGAAGAUCAACACGACCAGCAUCGUAACGCUUUCCUCGUUGAAUCUCAACCAGUCAACUCUCAUCACGAAAACGUUCGCCAGAACGAGCGUCAACAACCCGCACCCAUCGACCUCUGUUGCUUCGCAGAUUAAAAUCCAACCAGUUCAAAGCAUCAACCCAGGUCAAUCGAGUCAGAUGGAGAUCAUCAAGUCGGCGAAGCCAAAAGCCCCCUCGCCAAGUCUCGGCUACGCCAAACUAUCCUCCCUAACGGUCACCCAGGACACCUCCCUGCCCACCAAGAUCUUCGAGGACGAUUCCGUAUCGCCGGACAGUUCGAUCGGCCAGGAAGACGCCGACCAGCUGGACAAGGUCGACUCGGCAGCGCUGGACGACGCAACGCGUGGAAUUGACGGAACGACGGAGGGCGAAACUCCGACAGUGAUCGCCACAGCUCAUGAGGGCUCCAACGAUUCGCACUCGAGCGAGCUUAAGAAGCAGGGUGUCAUCCCGGUGCACGUGAUUUCCAAGUCGCGUGAGAACUCCAAGAGUCCGAUUCUGGGUCCUGCCGGACAGCGAGUUAUCUCUUCGGUGCCGCAGCUUUCGCCGCUGUCUCAGCCCAACGAGCUGACCAUGAACGCGAUGAACGUGUCCCAGCAGGUCCGAUCGAUCAUGUCGUCUGUGAAUCCGGCCACGUCUGGAACAAACAUCAUCCAGGUUGGCACCAGCAAGCAGGAGUUGACGCCGACUUCGUCGGUCAGUACAAUAUCAACGAUCUCGUUCGACACAGUCAUCCCGGGGAAGGGAGACAACAUGAGCAAACCGGAAACGAUCGCCAGCAUAUUGAAGACCGUUUCGGGGAAGACGAUUCUGCCGGCGGCAGCCGUUGCUAACGCUUCCAACAAACCUGAGGUGGGUCAGCAACAGGGAACGAUGGCAGGCGGACCGACGAAACUACUCAACCAGCAGCUGCAGAUUGGUCGAAUAUCGCCGGCCGUUUCUUCCGCCGGGAAUAACAUCCUCGUGGUGAAGCAGGUGCGAGCUCCGCUGCAGAAGCAGCUGAGCCAGAGUCAAGUUCAGAAGCAGCAGCUGGUAGUGUUAGCGGCUCAACAACAACAGCAGCAACAACAACAAUUGCAGCAGCAGCAGCAACAACAACAGCAACACAUAGUUCAACAGGGUGGAGUAAUAAUCCAAGGUCAAACACGGAUUCAACCGGCGGAGAUUCCUAAAAGUAGCGUGGACAAUAGCAGCACAAGUAGCAUUGCCAGUAUUUUGAGUAGCACGUUGCAGCAGCCGCAAACGCGGAUCGUGAACUUCAGCGAGGUUUCCACGAUCACGAGUCAACCUCCACCCGGACUGAUAAUGACUUCGCGUCCCGGGGUUAUUUCAUCCGCAACUUCUUCAACCACCACGACUAGCAUCCUAAGCGCAACGCUGUCCCAGCCCAUGAAGUCGUCGAGCACGACGUCGGCAUCGAUGUCUACUCUGCUGCAGAAUCAACUGCAAGGACCGGCUGCGUCGUUCCGACGAUCCAAAUCGACCGACGAAGCCCCGGCAGGUUUUCCUCGGGAGACCCCAGCUCAGGUCAUCAGCAAGCGACUCAGCUUGGAGGCAUCGAACCCAGUCAAGACGGAACCAGUCGACAACAACGAUGAUAGCAACGUAUCGUCCACUGUGAGUUCAACGACCGGCGGGCAGGGCUGCAAGUUUUCGACCAUCUCCUCCAACGUCAAAACCGAAUCCGACAGUCAGAACGUUCUGUUGAAGCAGCUGCUUCAAAAUACCGGCACUGGAGGUACGACAUCGUCUCCAACGCCACCUCCGAUGGCUCGACCUCCGACAAAUCAACGAGCCCCCAGCUUAGGCGUUGUCAGCUCCCUGGAAGCCCAACUCGCCCGUCCAGUGAUCCCACCUUCAGCGAACCCACCCGCGAUGCAGAUCAUCAGCACGCAAUCGGCGCCAACGGUCGUAACGACCGCCCCACCCGUCAUAACGGAACCACAACAACCCCCGCAAAAGGCACCCACCCCCAAGCUCAUCUCGCGCGAAACAUCCUUCGUGUCGAAACCGGCCGUGUCCAUUUCGGCCAGCCAUCCGACGCCGAAUCUCGCUGCAAACAUGCUCGCGGCCAGUAUCAAGAAGGAAGCUGCUAUCGCUUCUGCUGCGGCGGCCGCUGCCGGAACCACCGUCCAACCCAUCACCGUGCAGAGUACGCUCAAGACCGAGUCGGGUCCGAUGACGGUGACGCAGAUCACCACGCAUCCGGUGCAGCAGUUACCACCUCAGCAGCAACAGCAGCAACAACAACCCCAGCAGCAACAGUUUCAACCGUUUUCGGAACAGCCGAACGUUGCCUUCGUGAAGAGGGAAAUGGCACCGAUGUCUCUGAUGCAAAUGCAUCAACAGCAGCAACAACAGUCAGUGGGACCAAAACCGCUUGAGUUCCACCAGUAUCAACAGCAUCAGCAGCUGCCCAAACCUGGCACUCCGGUUGAGAUCAAGAAGGAACUGCCGGAAGAGCAACAUCAGCAGAUGCCGAUGGCGUCGAUGCCAAUGGAGCAAAUCAAGCAGGAACCUCCAACUACCCUGUCAGCUGUGCCCAAAGAAGAACCUACAACGAUUCAACCAAACCCGGAAGCUGCAGCCAAAACGGCGGCCGAAAUUGCGCAUGAGCUCAAGAAGAAGAAACGUCGUGAGUACCAGAAAAACCGAAGACAACAGCAGAUUCUCUCCAACAAGGAGCAACAUCAGACCAACAAGAAGAAGCCCCGCAAAUCUACCCGCCAGGAAGAAGACUACGACACGUACAUUGACAGUUUGAUGCUCCAGCUGAGGCAACUCCCGCCGAUGCAGAUCCUGGAACCCCUUCUACCGCGCAACUUUGGCGUCUGUCCGCUGUUCGGCACCGGCGAUCUGACCAAGUUCACCAACGCGAAGGACUACUCGAUCAGCUCGGGUGAUCUAACGGGGGUGUUUGGCCACGCCCAAAUCCCGAACAUUGCAGACUUCUACAACACGAAACCGUUCGGUCUGAAGGAGCCUCCACCGGAACCUCCGGCUCCGGCGUCCACCCAGCGUGGCUUCUACGAUCAGGAGUUCCCACCGAUCAAGUUCGAAACGGAGGAUCGCUAUCGGUACGACUUUGUCAAAGAUCGCGACCUGGAUUCGCCGGACACGAUCAUCAGCACGUCUAGCCCGGAGUGUGGCAUCCGGUGGGAAUCGCCGUUGCUUUUCCCGGGUCUGCGCGUCAUCAAGGAGGAAGACAGCGAGGACGAGCAAACGAUGGUGUACAAGCGGAUGUCGCCGAUCAUUCCGAUCGUGGCCCCGAUUCCGAUUCGCCUCAAGAAGGGCAUCUCGCUGUCUGCCGAUCGAGGCUUGAGCUGUUUGAUCCCCGGAAGCAACAAGGAGAACGAGGGUGCGAUUAAGGAAUCGCUAGGCGUCAAGUCACGCUUUGGACCGCCGACUCCGUUGAAGGACUCGAGCAAUGUAACGGUCACGGUGACGCUGAGUUCGACCGCGGCCGAGGACAUCAUGGGAGUGCUGAGGGAUCUGGCGAACAUUUUGGAGAUUCCGCCGCCGAUGGCAUACGAGAUCGUUGAACGUACCACGACACCACCCAGUCAGAAGCUGGGUCUGUACAGGACCAAGGGUCGGGACGGCAAGGAAGGAGCGCCGAUUGACAUCCAGACGAUUCUCAAUGGCGCAGCUAAGUUUUGUCGCCACUGCGAUGUGGUCAUUCUUAACACCUUGAUCACGGCGAAGCCAUCCGAGUUCCCUCUGUUGAGCAGCGAUGCAAGCCAGGAGUUGGAGUCGGAGGAACUCUACUUCUGCAGCAAGGCGUGCUACCGACAGUUCCAGUGGCGUCCCACGAACAUCCUCGAGGACAAGCUGGUUGGCGGGGACAAGUCCAAAUUGGAAUUCGAUCUGGACGACAAUCCAAGUUUGAAUGCCGCGGACAUCAAGCAGGAACUCAGCGAAGACGCAGACAUCAGCAUGACCAGCUUCAAGAGCUCGGAUAGUCGCGAUUCGUCGCUGAACGAUCGCAAGAAGAAGCUGGACAGCUCAACGGAGAAGGACCCGGGACCACCGCCAAAGCAGUUGAAGGGAAUCAAGUUCAAGACGUUCUCCGCAAACUGUUUCCCCGUGCAGCGGUACAAGAAGCCCACCGAGAAGGAGAUCACCGAGACGCUGUUCCGGAUGAGUAUCACCGUAACGCCGACUCCCCGAAUGCCGGACGAUACUCGGCGGUGCAUUUUCUGCCACACCGUUGGCGACGGAGUCGCGGACGGCCCCUCCAGACUCCUCAACUACGACGUAGACAAGUGGGUCCAUCUGAACUGUGCCCUCUGGUCGGACGGUGUGUACGAGACGGUCAACGGAGCGCUGAUGAACCUGGAAAACACCCUACAGCUGAGCCUCAGCUCGGUUUGCACGUUCUGCAACAACCUGGGCGCGACGAUCAAGUGCUUCAAGACGCGCUGCGCCAGCGUGUACCAUCUGAGCUGCGCCAUGAAGGACAACUGCGUGUUCUACAAGAACAAGUCGACGAUGUGCCAGACGCACGCCCCCAAAACGGAGAAGGACUCGGAGCUGACGACGCUGAGCGUGCAGCGGCGGGUGUACGUCGACCGGGACGAGAGCCGCCAGGUGGCGUCCGUGAUGCACCACUCCGAGUCGAACAAUCUGCUGCGGGUGGGAAGUUUGAUCUUCCUGAGCGUGGGUCAGCUGCUGCCGCACCAGCUGCAGAGCUUCCACACGCCGAACUACAUCUACCCGAUUGGGUACAAAAUUAUGCGCUUCUACUGGUCUAUGCGGCGCCCGAACAAGCGCUGCCGGUACGUGUGCUCCAUCGCGGACGUGUGCGGCCGGCCCGAGUUCCGGGUGCUGGUCCAGGAGGCGUCCGAAGAGGACAUUGAGCUGCGCGACAUCACACCGAAGGCCGUCUGGCAGCGGAUACUGGAUCCGAUGGCCACGCUGCGCAAAGACUGCCAGAUUGUACAGCUCUUCCCGCGGUACAUUUCCGGCGAGGAUCUGUUUGGAUUGACGGAACCGGCGGUGGUGAGGAUUCUGGAGAGUUUGCCCGGGAUUGAGACGUUGACGGACUAUCGGUUCAAGUACGGUCGCAAUCCACUGCUGGAGCUGCCACUGGCGAUAAAUCCUUCCGGUGCGGCCCGGACGGAACCAAAGUUGAAGCACACGCUGUCGUGGAAGAAGCCGCACACCCAGCGCACGGGUUCGGUCAGCCAGCGGCCAACGUUUGUUCCUACCAGUUCGCCCGCCGGCGAGGUUGCUUGCCCGUACAGCAAGCAGUUUGUACAUUCCAAGAGCUCGCAGUACAAGAAGAUGAAGCUCGAGUGGCGCAACAACGUGUUCCUGGCGCGGUCCAAGAUCCAGGGACUGGGGUUGUACGCGGCUCGUGACCUGGAGAAGCACACCAUGGUGAUCGAGUACAUCGGCGAGGUCAUCCGCGUUGAGGUGUCCGAGCUGCGCGAGAAGCAGUACGAGGCGAGGAACCGCGGUAUCUACAUGUUCCGCCUGGAUGAGGACCGGGUUGUGGACGCGACGCUGUCCGGUGGUCUCGCCCGCUACAUCAACCACUCGUGCAACCCGAACUGCGUGACCGAGAUCGUCGAGGUGGAGCGCGAGGUGCGCAUCAUCAUCUUCGCCAAGCGGCGCAUCAACCGAGGGGAGGAGCUGUCGUACGACUACAAGUUCGACAUCGAGGACGACGCGCACAAGAUUUCGUGCAUGUGCGGCGCCCCGAACUGCAAGAAGUGGAUGAACUAAGACGACGACGACGACGACGACGAAAUCUGCUUUGAGCAGACGAUACUUGAAGAUGUGUGUACUAUUAUUAUGAUCAUAUUUUGCUAGGUUGUAUUUUUGAUUUAGGUAGAAAGCUCUAAUUGUGGAAACGAUUUAUUUAGUUUUAGAGAGUUGUUACAUAUUCUUAUAAUUGCUUUUAUUUAGAAGAUAGGUUGCAAACAAUUAGGCAAACACUCAGCAAAAGAUAGUUUAUAUAUCUCACACUCACAGCUAUGAUAUGACAAGCAUUGAACACGAUUGCGAGCAAAAGCAAAACCACGAGCUAGUCUUAAGUUGAAAGUGAAAUAUCUAGUUUACAGAUGAUUCAGUAUGUGUGUUUAGUAACGGAAGCAAAGUAGUAUCAAGUAUUAGGUUUAGUUCACAAGUGUUUAUCAUGAUGAUCGGUUACCUUGUAACUGUGUUGUUUAUUCACACGCAAGAAAAUAUUAUCAAAACUUCACCCAAAUAAAGCGUGUGUCGAGUAGAAAGUCUGUGUGUUGUCUCUUUGGCGACGGCGGUGCUUGAAGCCCGUCUCACCCGAAGAGACAGCUCUGAAAUCUCGGGUAGAAAAGAUUGAACAAAAUUUAGUUGAAAACUAAGCGUAGCAAAUGCACACCGCACCGCACCGGGUAAGGUUAAGUAGAGCUGAGUAGUUAGAAAGGGAGAGAGAGUAUAUUUCCAAUUCGAAAGAAUAGUGCAUACCACACGGAUUAAAUCUGGGAUUAGGUUAACAACACACGCUGCGUUUGUUAGGAGAGCGCAAGCAGAGUAGGAAUAAUCACACAAAAGUACUUGGAACAAUAAGCUUACACAAUGGCUAGGAAGAAAACACGAUACAAAAAAAGCAAAAAAAAAAAAAUUAACAAUACCGCAAUGGAAAUAUAACACGACUAUAUAUUUUCAGACGAUUAUUUUGCAAUAUAUGAAAUAAAUAUAUAUUUUGUAUACCAAUAACGAGGGAAGAAACAAUGCUUGAAAAAAAAAAAGACCACAGUAUAAGCAAAGAGAGAAAACAAA